CUGCACGCCUCCGCGGCUUCCCUCCCUCUACCCCCCUGAAAAAGGUAAAGAACGCAACACCCACCCCACCACCACCACCUCCUUCGCCUCGAUCGCCUCCGCGAUUCCCAACCCAACCGAAGAGGAAACCACCCCAACCAAUCGACCAACUUGGAGCCUCCCUGUUCUUAAAAAAUCAACCAACUUGCCAGCGAACGAGCGACCACCGACGGCUCCUCGUCGCCGCCGGUGAUCGAGGUGGGCCCCGCAGGCCGGAUCUCGGGAGGAGGAGGAGGAGCAAUGUCGCGGGCGUCGCUGUCCCCGUCGUCGUCGGGCGACGAGGAGGAGGAGGACGACGAGGGGGUCGACGGGUACCGCAAGGGCGGAUACCACGCCGUGCGCCCUGGGGACCAGUUCGCCGCCGGACGCUACGUCACCCAGCGCAAGCUCGGGUGGGGCAACUUCUCCACCGUCUGGCUCGCCUUCGACGUCGAGUCCCAGAAAUUUGUUGCUCUUAAGAUUCAGAAGAGUGCACCAGAGUUUGCUCAAGCUGCUCUUCAUGAAAUUGAGUUCCUCUCGGAGAUCACUAAGAGAGAUCCUUCAAACUGUAAAUGCACCAUCCAGUUGAUAGAUCACUUCAAGCAUGCAGGGCCAAAUGGGCAGCAUAUCUGCCUUGUCUUUGAAUUCCUUGGAGACAGCUUACUUAAGCUAGUACAGUACAACCGCUACAAAGGCAUUGGACUGGGUAGGGUGAAGGAAAUAUGCAGGUCCAUUUUGGUAGGUCUUGAUUACUUGCAUGGAGAGCUUGGAAUCAUCCACUCAGAUUUGAAACUUGAAAAUGUCCUACUUGUUUCAACAAUCGAUCCCUCAAAGGACCCCAUUCGCUCCGGACUUAAACCUAAUCUUGAGAGGCCUGAGGGGAAUCCUAACGGAGAAGCUGUUCUUAACCCGAUUGAUAAGAAACUGAAGAUGAGAGCAAGGAGGGUGCUCGCAAAGCUUGCUGAGAAAAGAAAAUCAGCUGCAGAAUUUGCACGUGCAGAAAGAAGCUUGGAUGGGAUUGAUAUGACAUGCAAGAUUGUAGAUUUUGGAAAUGCUUGUUGGGCUGACAAGCAAUUUACAGAUUUUAUUCAGACAAGGCAGUACCGGGCACCAGAGGUCAUUCUUGGUGCAGGAUACUCAUUUCCUGUUGAUAUGUGGUCGUUUGCGUGUAUUGCAUUUGAGCUCGCAACGGGCGAAAUGCUAUUUACGCCCAAGGAAGGGCAUGGGUACAGCGAAGAUGAGGAUCACUUGGCUUUAAUGAUGGAGGUCUUAGGAAAGAUGCCUAGAAAGAUUGCUACGAUGGGAACAAAAUCGAAGGAGUAUUUUGAUCGCCAUGGAGAUCUGAAGCGGAUAAGAAGACUGAAAUUCUCGUCUAUUGAACGUGUCCUAGUUGACAAAUAUAAAAUUCCUCAAUCAGAUGCUCGGGAAUUUGCUGAGUUUCUAUGCCCUUUACUUGAUUUUGCCCCAGAGAAGCGCCCGACAGCUGCACACUGUCUAAAGAAUAAAUGGCUUCAGCGUGAUGAUGGUAAGAAUGUUACCAACAUUGCUUCGAAGAGCAUUGAUGUAACAUGCAACUUCGGGAGCAUGCCUGACAGUUGUGCCCAGAGAAUUGAUGCAAAGGGGAACACUAAAAGCAGUAUCAACAGUAACACUGAGAAUGCUGAUGUGGUACGCCCCACUGAGAGGAUUUCCAACAGCAAUGCCAAAAGCACUAAUGUAAAUCCUAACACUGGAACAAUCAUGUAUAAGGAUGGAAACAACUCUGAUGUAAAGCCCCACUCUGGUAGCAUCAUCACAAACAAAAAUGCCAAAAGCUCCGAUGAAAAGCCUUUCACUGGAAGCAUCUCCAACAAAGCUGACAAAACAGUUGAUACAAAGCCCGUCACUUGGAGCAGCGCCAGCACUGAUGACAAGAGUGUUGACACAAAGAGCAGCAUUGGAAGCGUUACCAACAGAGAUGCAAAGAGCAUUGAAGGGAAGCGAAACAUUCGAAGCGUUGUAAACAGUUAUAUGAAGAAUUUUGAUGCAAAGCGGAACACUGGAAGCAUAGCCAAUAGCGAAGUCAAGGACUUGGAUGUUAAGCCCAGCAGUGGAGAUAUUGCCAGUGUUGAUACCAACAGUACCAGUGCAAAGCCCUACACUGGAAAUGUUGAAAACAGUGAUGUCACGGGUACUAGUGUGAUGGCGAACACAGGCCCUGCCAACAGUGGUGCCAAGUUACAGACUAACACUGACAGUGUUGAUGAGGAUGACACAGAUUCAAAGCCAAAUGUUGGACGUGUUGCGGCAAGCAUACAGAGGCUGGAGAGCAGCAUGAGUAAGGUACAAAUCGGGAAAUAUCGAUGAGAAAACCCAUGACCAGUAACUUUUUCAUCAAAGCAUGGAUAUGUUUAUUGUGGAGAGGCAUAUUCUUUUUCGUUAGAUUUGUAUGAUUUGUAUCAUUGAUUUGUUACGAGGUUAAUAACUACGUAUGUGGAGCCAACCUUGAUCAAGACUGAGGACCUGGCAAUCACCAGCUGGCACUUUAUAUAUCUAUAUUCCUGCUAACUGUAAAAAGUUUUAUAUUUGCCCACAGAAAACAUUUGGAGGUUCAUAUUCCUUAUAUAUACCCCUGGACAAAUUGUAUUAAUGCUCACAGAUUAUUUGGCAUUCAAGGUACAUAACAUUCUUUUAGACUUUGGCUGCGCA